UAAUAAAACGGUGGCCUACAAUUUUUCACGAUCGCUAAACGACGCUUCUAAUUCUUCAUUAAUUUACUCUGCUCUGUCAUUGUCUCCGUAGGAUUCUUGUUUCAGUUGAACUUCACGGUGGUUCUUCGGAACGAUCGCCGGGGAUUAACCUAAUAGCUCCGUUGUUCAGCUGCUACAGCCAUGUCCUCCGACACUGUACCUCCUCUCAAUUACCUGCUCAACCACUUUUCCCUCCCCGUUAAAGUAAAAUUUUGAAUUCUUCUCUUCCUAAAAAAUUUAGAGAUAACAAAGUUAAUGAAGAUUUCUAGGUUUUCUACAUAUUUUCUCAAUCGCUAAACGACGACUUCCAAUUCCUAAUUAGUUUUUUAAUUCUAAUGCUGAAAGCGAUUGUUAUUAAUUAAGAAAUGAUUUGCAAGUCUUCGGUUUGAUUAUUUCUCUGGGAACGGCAGCCGGCAGCUCAAUCUUCCACUAUUCAGCGGCCGGCCGUCAGUCAUUUUCUAUCUCUCUGGGUGCAAGAAUACCUUGCUGAUUGAUUCUCACGACAAUGAAGUUGCUUCGAUGAAGAGGAGUACUUGAUCAACUUCGAUUUCGAUCGGUAGAUAGUUUUGCAGCAACUGAAGAAAAUGCUAUCAGAAGCAAUGAUUUUACGUCUUAGGUUAUAACACAAGUGAAGAGAGAAGUGGAGAGGAGGAGAACUGUGCUGAAGGAUGGCUGGUGAAUAUAGGUUCUCAAUGGACCAAAAGGACAUCGUGAGGAUAUUGGUGGCCACCAUUGAUAAUUUCACCCGAGGUCGAUUGAUCAAUAAAGAGCAGAGAAACCUUCACAAAGAGCAGUGUGCUGAGAGAUUGGCAUCUGAAGGUGGAAGUAAUGACAAAGAUACAGAGGUUAGGUACUCGGAUCAAGCAGUGCUGGCUAAUUUGGAUUGGGGUAUUGAAGCCCUUGAGGAGGCUUUAAACACAUCCAAUAUGGAGACUAAGCUUGCACGACUUGACCAUGCAGAGAAGAUGCUUCAAGUGUGUGCCUUGUUGAAUUCUAACGAGAAAACUGCUGGAGUUCCCAAUUUCUACCUUGCUGCUUGGGCUCACCUAAAUCUUUCAUAUCUCUGGAAAUUGCGAGGAAAUGCUCACAACUCAGUCCUCCAUAUUCUUGAGAUGUUUAUUGUGGAUCCCUUCUUUUCACGCAACGAUUUUGCUCCUGAACUCUGGAAAGAACUCUUUCUUCCACACAUGAGCUCAAUUGUUGGGUGGUAUUCAGAGGAGAGGCAUAGACUUAUGAUCGAAGUGAUUCCUGAUUCUUCCGAUUUAUCCUUCACAGCUGAUUUAGAUCAAUUCUUCAAUGAAUCUUUGAUAUUUUCGCUGAGGCCUGAUCAAGCUGAGAAAUUGCAGAAGUUGGAGCAGCUUUAUGGAGCAUCUUUGGAUGAGAAUACGAGGCUCUUCGCUAAAUACUUCAAAGAUUGUAUGAAUUCUGAUUCAAGCUCCACCAAGAAGGUUGCCCCAAUGUUGCCAAUCGCAGAGCCACCUAUGACUCCUCUUCAUGAAGUGAGCCGCUCAAUUCCCGAUUACAUAAAAUUUGGACCUAUUUUACCCAAGAGUGCCGGGUUUUCAUCCAUCAAACCAAAAUCUAAAGAUGGCACGGCAGAAGCAAGUUGGCCAAAGGGGGCUUCCAGUCCAGCCAACAACAUAGAGAAAUUUGCAGGGCAGUAUUCUCAGAGUGAUUUGCUAGAGGAGAAUGAGGAUGAUUCUGAUCAGGAACCUUACGAUUCUUACGAUCUCAGUGAUACCGCGACUUAUAAAUUACUAUCGCCGAGUAGCACAAGGGCGUCGGAGGAUGAGCAAAUAGGACCUAAAGAGGAGGUGUCGAAAAUGGGGAGUCGCAAACAUUCUCCCACCAUUUUUUCUCCAAUUGCAUCUCCUCCAGUUCCUUCACCGAGAGUUCUAUAUCCAAUAGUAAAUGAGAAGAAAAGUGAAUCGCGUACAUUGCGACUUUUAUCCAGUCGUGGCGAACAACGAGUUGCUACCUCUGCCCUUGGAUCACCAGCUACAAGAAGUGAUUACAGCUCCAAUUCGGUAGAGUCUGAUGGUGAAAAAGAUGGCCACAGAAGAAUAAUAUAUAAGCCGACGCACAAUACAACCUAUGACAACGUGAGUAGCCAAGACUUCGAGAAUUGUUCAAUAGAUAAACUUGAGGAUGAAAGUAGAAGCCGCUCGUCUGAGAAUGUGACACAUAUGGUGCGACCCCCUAAAGAUUUCGUAUGCCCCAUAACAGGUCAGAUUUUCAGUGAUCCUGUUACUCUCGAAACUGGGCAGACUUAUGAAAGAAAAGCUAUUCAGGAAUGGUUGAAAAGAGGAAAUACAACUUGCCCCAUUACGCGGCAGCCAUUGUCUUCAACUGUAAUGCCUAAAACGAAUUAUGUCUUGAAAAGACUGACAACAUCUUGGCAGGAACAGCAUCCUGAUGUUGCUCAGGAUUGUUCGUGGACUGGUACAUCGGUAAGUACUGUCGGUUCUACCUUCAAAAGGAGGAGCUCUGUGGCAACUACUCCUUGCCAACCAUUUCAUGGUCCUCUUAACAGGACUUACGAGUCUCUUAAUCAAAAAGGCAAAAGAUUAAUGCAAGAAGCAGUGUCUUUAUCACCCACCAGUGUAAUAUCUCAAGCCACAGUCGAGAAAAUCAUCAACAGUUUAAAACCUUUUGUCUCUUGUCUUUGUAAUUUCGAGAACUUGAAACAAUGCGAGACUGCUGUGCUCACUAUGGCAGGGUUCUGGAAGGACUCAAAAGGUGAUCCAGCGGUUCAUUCCUACUUAUCCGAAUUGGCUGUAGUGAACGGCUUUAUGGAAAUACUGUUAAAUUCCCGGGAAAGAGAAGUCCUCAGAACCUCGAUUUACGUUCUUUCUGAGCUUAUUUGUGCAGAUGGAAGUGUUGGAGAGUCCCUUAGUAGUCUAGAUUCAGAUUUUGAUUGCCUAGCUUCUUUGCUGACGAGUGGGUUGUCAGAGGCUUCCGUUCUUAUGUGCUUGCUAAGGCCCACAUUUACUAAGUUGUCAGCUCAUGAACUUAUACCUUCCCUAGCCCAGCUGCUCCAGAAGAAAAAUGAAGAUUUCGAUGAUCUGCCAUUUGUAAUAGAGCCAAAAGAUGCUGCUAUCGCAAUGCUUGAACAAAUUUUGAUGGGAGGGGAUGAAUAUAGCCAAUCCCGGAAUGUUGCGAGUCUUAUCUCUGCAGAAGGAUGCCCUGCAUUAGUCAAGUUUUUGGAUGGGGAAGAAGUGAGGAGGCCAAUACUUUCUAUGCUUUUAUGUUGUAUGCGAGUCGACAAAGGUUGCAAGGACUCAAUCGUAGAGAAGAUCGAGCUUGCUCCGGUUCUUGAGUUACUUUAUACUGGAAAUGAGGACGACAGAGGCCUUUGUGUGGCUUUUCUGUCAGAGCUAGUUCAAAUGAACAGAAGGACACAAUGCAAUCAAAUUUUGCAGCAAAUUAAAAAUGAAGGAGCAUUCAGUACGAUGCAUACACUUCUUACACAUCUUCCAAAGGCUACAAUUGAGCAACAACCUAGCAUCGCCUCCCUUCUUCUCCAGCUGGAUCUCCUGGUUAGUCUAGAUCCCAUAAUAGCUAGCAUGCGAAAAUCAUUUUCCUCAUGGAAACUAACAGACAAUUCUGCUUCGUGUCAGGUUGAACCACGAAAAAUGAGCAUUUACCGAGAAGAAUCUAUAGAUGCACUGUUUGAAGCUUUUCGUAGGAAGGACAACUAUAACGUUCAAACUGCAGCUGCAGAUGCUUUGUUAUAUCUAUCUGGGCGAUUGACUUCCUCAGGAAAGUGCUAUGCAAAAUCGUGGUUGCUCAAACUUGCAGGAUUUGAUCAGCCUUACAAUGCUUUGAUGAAGGACGAGGGACUGAGGAAGCCUGACAGCGAAUUAUCAGAGAGAGAGGAGGAAGAGAAGGCAAUCAGUGUAUGGGAAAAAAGAGUAGCACUGGUUAUUUGUAACCAUGAAAAGGGGUACAUUUUUAAAGUUAUGAAAGAAUGCCUGAAGAGUAAAUCCUUAGAGAUGGAAAAGUCCUGUCUUGUCAUCGUUUCCUGGCUGUGCCACAUGGUUUCAACGCUCCCAGAUACUGGGGUACGAGAGACUGCUCGCAGGUUCUUGCUUGAUGAACUUGUAAACGUUCUACAAUCUUCUAAUAGCCAGGAGGAUAAGAUUUUAGCAUGUCUUGCUUUAAAAACUUUCAUUAGCGACCCAGCUGCACUUGAGGAACUAGGGCUUCAUGCAAGAUCCAUCAACAAAACGUUAAGAAAGCUUAGGAGAAGCUCAUCGGUGGUCAAUGCUAUAAUGAAAGCCUUGAUGAACUUGCCAUCUGUUGACACAACGGAGCUCUGGAGUUACACUGAAGUUGGUGCAAUAGAUUGCAGCUCAAAUGGAGAGGUUUUGUCUCUGCUUCAUUUGGAAGGGCGGGUUUUAAGUAGUCACUCGGAUGGCACCAUCAAGGUUUGGGAUGCUAGAAAUAAAGUAUUAAGGUUGAUCCAAGAAGCUCGCAAGCACUCAAAAGCUGUAACAUGCCUUUGUGUUUCCUCUUCGUACGACACAGUAUACAGCGGUUCCUUAGACAAAACAAUUCGGGUAUGGAGCAUCAAAUCUGAAGAAAUACAGUGCGUUCAAGUCCACGAAGUGAAGGAGCCAGUUUAUGACUUGAAAGUAAAUGGCAAACUCGCAUGCUUUGUUUCUCCAGGAAAUGGUGUUAAGGUGUUCAACUUCUUUGGGGUUCCCAAGCAUAUAAAUUUCAACAAAUACGUCAAAUGCCUGGCACUAUCAGAAGAUAAACUCUACUGCGGUUGUUCUGGUGACAGCAUAAUGGAGGUGGAUUUGUCCAAAAAUGCCACAAGCACGUUCUACACGGGUGUAAGAAAAUUGCUUUGGAAACAAAACAUCUACUCCUUACACAUCCACGGUGACCUACUGUCUGCUGCCGGUUCGACCGUGGAUGGAACGGCAGGGAAGACGUUUUCGCUGGCAAACAAGACAACAGUAGGAUCCUUUUCAACUGGAGUUGACAUACAUCACAUGGCCGCAAGCACCGAUUUCUUGUUUACAGCCUCCAGAUUGGGGAUGUUAAUAGAGAUUUGGGCGAAAGAGAAACACACAAAAAUUGGUUCAGUUAAAAUAGGUAGCAGUGCUAGUGGUAGCCACACAAAAAUCACUUCCCUAACUACAGACGAUGGAGGAUUGCUACUCGUUGGUACCUCAGAUGGAAAGAUACAGGUUUCUUGUAAACUUCUCGUCCUUAUUUUUACCCCACGAGAAAAUUUUGACACCAUAGCUUAACUUUCCAUUUUCUUUAUGAACACAGGUUUGGGCUCUUGAAUGACCAUGAAACGGGGAGCAUAUCACACCAUUAUUCAACUUAAGUAAUAGAGAUACGAUUAUACCUCCAAUUGGUGCAUUGUAAUUGUAUAUGAUUUAUAUAUUUCAUUUUACGUUAAUAAAUAAAAUACCAAACCUCACUAAUAACGAUUCUACUA